GUUUUGCGUUUUUUUCCCAACUGGGUCAGUCGAACGCUGUUUUCCUCAUCGUCCGCUGUCGCGGCCUUUGCUUAACUUAACUUAUUUCCUUUUGGCGCGAGCAUCUUUUUUUGGCGUUCGACCCCUUCGACUGGCAACAGCAACAACAACUGCAGCCACAACAUCAACAACAACUAUAGCGACGACAAAGUUUUACGUGUGUGUCGCAAGCGACGCUUUUGGUAUUAGAAAAACAUCGAGCGUGUGCGGUUAAAUAAGCGAAAAUUAAUAUAAAAAUAUAAAUAACGGAAGAUUCGCCAACAAUAAUAGUUCAUUAAUAUUUUAUUUAACAUCAAUUUGCAAGCUUUUAACAAGUUUUAUAGACGUGAUAACUGUGUUGGCAGAAUAGCAAACAAAUAAAGAGUGCUUGAAGCUCAAUCAAUUCUCGAUGCAUGCGCCAGAAAAGUGUUAAUCAUAUAUUUUCUACUGGCAACAAGUGAUACCGUUACAAAAGCAACAACCAUUCAACAACGGCGGGCGCUAUCAAGAGUUGAAGGUGACAAGAAAUAACAAGCAACAAUAACAACCACAACAACAACAACAACAACAGCUGUACUUGUUUGGCAACGAAACGAAUGCCAACAAAAAUUAAUUUGGUUUUCUUAAGAAACCAAAAAACCAUCUAAAAUCCUUGUCCAAGGAUGCCUGGAAGCGUUUAAAAGACUUGCAUGAUCGUCCAAAUAGACGACGUCACUUACAAAUACAGAGGAGUAUUUCCCAGGAUUAUUUUACAGACAACAAUGAAGCUGGCACCUUGUUAAUACCCAUUGUUCACGAAGAUAUACCGCCAAAUCGAUCAACUGGAACUAUACCCAAGAAACCCAGAAAAAAUCAUUCAGAUCCAGAGAUUCAAAGUUGCCCAGUGUCUCGCUUCAGACAGUUGCAAUUUCAACGUGAUCUACGCAUCCAUCUCUAUACAGACACAGACCCCAAUGUGGAGCCUGACUGGAAGCCCAAGGACACAGAAGUAGAGGAAGAAAUAACCAAAAUGCCUAGUGAUAAAGAAAGUCAAGAAACAAAACCACUGAACAAUAACAACACAAAUGGAAAUGGCAGUGCGACGAGCAAGCCAAAGAUCCAGCCAAAAUACAGCAUCCAUCGGGAUGUCCUGACCCACGAGGUGGUGAUCAAGCAAACGGGCUAUGCGGCUCGUGACAAGAGCAUACCUUCCUCGUUGCGAAACUGCUGGCAUACCUGGAGUUUCUUCUCGCUCUUUACCGGCGUAAUUCCCAUCCUGCAAUGGCUACCCAAGUACUCGCCGAGAAGGGAUUUACCUGGCGAUAUCAUAGCUGGCUUCACUGUGGCCAUUAUGAACAUACCACACGGCAUGGCAUAUGGUCUGCUGGCGGGAGUAUCCGCCGGAAAUGGACUCUAUAUGGCCGUAUUUCCGGUGCUAGUUUAUAUGUUCCUGGGCACCUCCAAGCACAUCUCCAUAGGCACCUUUGCGGUGGCUAGUAUGAUGACGCGGAAAGUGGUGGACACGUAUUCCAAUGUGGAGGAUCAUCCGCAUUACGAGGUGUUGGCAUCGAAUGCCACAACGACGAUGUCCCCGUUGGCUCUGCUUAAUGCCACGGCUGCUGCAUUUCCUGCGGAUCCCAUCACAAAGCUGGAGGUGGUCACCUCCUUAGCCCUCACUGUGGGAAUUGUAAACCUCCUAAUGGCCUUUCUGAGACUGGGCACCUUGGCCUCCCUUCUGAGUGAUCCUUUGGUCAAUGGUUUUACCACGGCAGCAGCUUGUCACGUCGUCACCGCACAGCUUAAGGAUGUGUUGGGCAUUUCCGUGGCUCGUUACAAAGGCGCUUUCAAGAUCAUAUACACGCUGAUUGAUGUCAUCAAGGGUAUACCUGAGACGAACCUGGUGAACUUUGGCUUCUGCGUGGGAGUCAUAGUCUUUAUGACGAUCUGCAACGAGUGCCUGAAACCGUGCCUGAGCAAGCGUUGUCGGUUUCCGUUUCCCGCUGAAUUGAUAAUGGUUAUUGGUGGCACACUGAUAUCUAAAUGGUUCAACAUGCAUGACGAGUUCGCUGUGAAUCUGGUGGGAAAUAUACCCAGCGGUCUUCCGGAACCCAUAAUGCCACGUUUGGAUUUGGUGUCCAAGGUAGCCGUGGACUCGAUAGCUAUUGCCGUUGUCACCUAUUCCAUUAUCAUGUCCAUGGGUCUCACCUUUGCCAAGAAGCACGGCUAUGAGGUGCGAGCAAAUCAGGAACUAUUUGCCAUGGGCGUGGGCAACGUGGUAGGUGGAUUCUUCUCCUGCAUUCCCAUGGCGUGUUCCUUGUCGCGAUCUGUCAUCCAGGAUCAAACGGGUGGAGUGUCGCAGAUUGCAUCAUUGGUCUCCGCCUCGCUGGUAGUAGUCACCCUAAUGUGGAUCGGUCCCUUCUUUAGCAGUUUGCCCAGAUGUGUCCUAGCUGGCGUCAUCAUAGUGGCCCUGAAGCCCAUGUUUAUGCAGGCCAGGGAGCUGAAGAAGUUCUCCAAGCAAGGCAAACUGGAGAUGUUCACCUGGAUAUCCACAUUCCUCUGCGUGGUACUCAUCGACAUUGACAUUGGUCUGCUGAUAGGCAUCUGCAUCUCCCUGCUGGCCCUGUAUAUCAAGGGAUUGAAGCCCUACUCCUGUCUGUUGGGCUAUAUGCCUGAGGCACCUGGUGUCUACAUGGAUCUCAACCAGCAUAGGAAUGCCAUGCAAGUGCCGGAGACUCGCAUUUUCCGGUACAGUGGAUCCCUGAACUUUGCCACCAGUCUGUUCUUCCGACGGGCUCUGUACGAGGCAGUGGGUCUGGACAAGAUUCCCCUCACCAAAACCAGCAGUAGUGACAGCAGCAAAAGUCCCAGCAAAGGCAGCAAAUCGAGCUAUUCUCCAGUGUCGCAGAAUGGCGGCAAGGCUGUGAGUGUACAGUUUACGGAGUCCUCUUCUGGUGCCUUCAAGGUGCUCAUCCUGGACUUUUCAAUGCUUGGACACAUUGAUGUGGCUGGCUGUCGCACCCUCAGUGAUGUGAGCAAGGAACUUAAGGCGCGGGGAGCCCGUCUGCUGCUGGCCAGUCCCGUGGAUCGAGUGUACGAUACCCUGGUACACAGUAUGGCCUUAAGUGAAGGCCCCUUUGAGAUCUUCCCCACGCUGCAUGAUUGUGUGGAGUAUGCGAAUGCCUGCCGAACGGCGUGAGAGGAUGACACUGCUCCUGGAUCUCCGGUAAACGGGGAUUCCGGGGGCAAGUUCGAAGUUUUGUGAUAUGUCCAAGUGAUAGCUUGUGAAUCGUAGCACCAAAACCCCCUUCCUAGUUGCUAAAGACGUAUACAUAUAUUUUUUAGGAAACUGAAUAGAAACAAAGUCGCCGUCUAAAAUCAAGCAGAUUAGGCUAAGUUCGUCUAAGUGCCUCCAAAACCCAAAAUAAAGUUUUUUUGUACUUAAUGCAAACACAAA